AUGCAGACGCCGAUCAGCCCAGCGAGCUCGCCAGCACCGCAAGCUGAGCUUCAGAACAAUAAUCUGGGGGUUCGCAAACGCCAGAGAUCGGCCUCCAUGCAUUCCAACGACAGUUCGUACUCCCCCAAACGCGCUGUGUCAGAGACACCUUCCAACGACGGACCCUCCCGCGCAGUUCAGUCGGAUCCUCAGGAUGUCGCGAUGCUCGACGGAAGCCGAUCAGGCGGUCCGCCAGACCCCACGCAACCCGCCACUGAACCGCACCUAGCCGCUUCUGAGAAGUUCAGCAUCGUCGAACAGGCUAGGAAGAGUCCCAUGGAAGUUGGAUCGACCUGGUACAUUGUCUCCUGGCCGUGGUACCGCCGAUGGAUGAAGGCGUGCACCGGGGAGGUCGACAAGGACGGUCCUGUGGCUGAAAGCGACAUAGGACCGGUGGAUAACUCCCAUCUCGUCAAUCAAGCGGGAGAGCUCAUCAGCUCUACUGUAGAGGGCGUGGAUGUCACCUAUGUCCCAUCCGACUCGUGGGCACAACUUGUCCGAUGGUACGGAGAAGCAACCCAUCCCUUGCCCCGUAAAGUUAUAGCUCGAGGCAUCGCUCAGGAACCUUCACUUGAACUACACCCUCCUCGAAUCAGAGCCAUGAGGCUGGUCGCGGCUGACGAUGCAGCCACUCAAGACCUCGCUGAUACCCCAUUGCGCUACAUCACGCUCUCUUCGACUGAUACCCUGGAAGACCUGCUGAAUGCCGCGAUUCACGCAUUCUCCCCCCCUCCUUCAUCCUCUCCCCCUGCCAGCCGCCUCUGGUCUGUCCCGGCGCCCCGCACAGAUCCAGUAGAGGGUGGUUACUCUGCGUCUCGAUUGCUUCAAGUCGGCGGCCUCCAGAUUCAACCAAGUCGCAAAUCCCUGGACGAAGCUUUGGUGCAGUCGGACGAUCUGUUCAUUCUGGAACUGCAGGAAAACGGUCGAUGGCUGGUUGACGAGGCGCUGGUGCCCACCAUUGAACCCGGAACGGCUGAGACCGAGACUGUGGCACUGGAACAACCUGCCCCGCUCUUCAAACCCGAAGAAGAUUUCUUUACCCGAGUCGCGAAGCAAGCCGUGAACAAAAUCCUCGGUGAUGUGACGCAAAGGACCAACUCGUCGGCUGCUGAAAACGUCCCAUCAAAAGCAGUUGUAGCGACCAAUACGUCAACUCGCGCUACCAAGUUGAAACCACCGGGCACAAUAGGACUAGGGAACUUGGGCAACACUUGCUUCAUGAACUCUGCCUUGCAGUGUUUGGCUCAUACGCGCGAACUCGUGGAAUAUUUCCUGAAUGGCGUGUAUGAGGAGGAGCUUAAUCCCGAUAACCCACUUGGAAUGGGAGGUGCUAUCGCGCAAGCGUUUGGUGCGCUGCUGGAACGGAUGUGGGGUUCUCCCAGUGCUUCUUCGUCUUCUUCAUUCUCAAGUACCUCGAUUUCGCCUCGAGAGUUCAAGCAAGCGUUACAACGGUUCGCGCCCCAGUUCUCUGGCUACCAACAGCACGAUAGUCAGGAACUGGUCGCAUUUCUCCUUGAUGGGCUUCACGAAGACCUCAACCGAAUCUUGAAGAAGCCGUACGUGGAGAAGCCCGACUGGGAAGGGGGAGGAGAGUUGGAACUCGUACAACUGGCGAAGAAGAGUUGGGACGGGUACUUGCAGCGGAACGAUAGCGUCAUCGUUGACCUUUUCCAGGGCCAGUAUCGGAGUACUCUCGUCUGUCCUGAGUGCCAGAAGGUAUCCAUAACGUUCGACCCCUUCAUGUACCUUACACUGCCCCUGCCGAUCAAAAAGAAGUGGAAGCACACCAUUUUCUACGUUCCAGCGGAUCUAUCGAAGCGUCAUGUGAGGGUACCUGUGGAAAUAGGGGCCGAUGCGUCUUUCAAGGAGCUACGUGCACUGCUGGGUCGAUGGAUGGAGGCUGACCCCAAUAAGCUUCUGACCUUGGAGGAAUUCAGUCACCGCUGGUAUCGCGUGUUAGACGACAACGUGAUUUGCGGCGAGAUGGCUCAGAAUGACAACAUCUGGUGCUUCGAACUGCCUUGCGUGUCGUACUACAACCGUCCGUCGUCCAAGCGUCCCGAAGACGGCCCGUUUAUCAUCCCCGUUCACUUCAAGGCCGCCAAACCGCCGACGAGGUAUGGCUCCCAUGCUCAGGAGCUUUUCGGUAUGCCUACCAUCGUCGUCAUCGAUAAAACCACGGCAACCAGUAAGGAGAAGAUUGAAGAAGCCGUCGUGGACCACCUACAGCGGUGGACGAUGAACGCGAGAGACCUCUACCAAUGGGUAGGAGGGUCAACGGACGCCAUGGAGGAAGUCGCGAUUCCUAUCACUGGACUUCCUUCCGUCGACUCCGUGGCUGUGACGGAAAUCAAGGAGAACGGGGAGGUUAUCAUGUUGGACGAUGUCCCUGAGGAAGGCGACAUCGUUGACCAGAAAAGCCAGAUCAUAGAAGAUACCAAUGACGACUCUCACGGGGCAGCCGCCAGGGAAGAUGACACUCCGAGGAGACUCGGUCCGAAACAAGGAGUCUUCGAGCUUCUAUUGUCUCCCGACCAGGCGAACCUUGCCUCCGGAACGACCUACCGCAGUCGCGGAUACCAGGACUGGGACGAGCGCAUCGAGGAGGCGCAACAGGAAGCUCUGGACGGCGAAGACCCUGUGCUACUACGUCCAGACGACGCUUUCUACCUCGACUUCGACGAGAACAUGCGUUCUUACUUCUUCGGCGACGAGUUGAGCAAAUGGGACCAGAGCACUUGGAACCAAUGGGGGCAUUUCGUUCACCCUGAGCUGCAGGACGCGUCCGACGACUCCGGGAAGAAGAAGGACAUCAGCAUAUAUGAUUGCCUCAACGAGUUCACGAAGGAGGAGCAGCUCGGGGAGGACGACCUCUGGUACUGCCCGCAGUGCAAGAAGCAUCAGCAGGCGACAAAGAAGUUCGACCUUUGGAACGCGCCCGACAUUCUCGUCGUGCACCUGAAGCGAUUCAGCAACUCAAGAAUGCUCCGCGACAAGAUCGACGCGUUCGUCGAUUUCCCCGUGAACGGACUCUCUCUGGAGGGCAUGGUGCAGGAACGGGAAGUCGCGAAACAUCUGCAGGCGCAAGGUGUAGACGUCGCGUCGGUAGGCCUGGCCGAGCUUGACGAGCCUCUCCUCUACGACCUUUAUGCCGUGGACGAGCACAUUGGAGGCUUGGGCGGCGGACAUUACCGUGCCUACGCGCUCAACCACGAGAACAACGAAUGGUACCACUUUGAUGAUUCGUUCGUGUCGCCUGCAAAGGCUCACGAGUCCGUAAACGCCAACGCCUAUCUUCUUUUCUACAAGCGGCGCACGUCCCGCCCCCUCGGCGGCAAAACGUACCUCAAAAUCCAAGAAGCCCGCGAACGCCAGCGUCAACUGCAAUCGGCGGCGAAGAUGGCUAGCCCCGUCGCGCCCGCGGCGCAGUUACCAACGCCCCCUGAGGAAGCGUCGCCGCCCGCAUCACCGACCUAUAGUCGUCCGGACGCGAUGGGCAGCUUGCUCGGCGACAUCCGCUCACGAAGCGGCUCGUCGUCCACGUCGCCGGAAUUGGACCGCUUGCCACUCCAACCACUCGGUGUCGGCGGUGACAGCUUCGACUUCCCGGAACCGUGGAGCACGCGAGGGAGCCCGAGCUCGAGCACGGGAGACGAUGAGCUUGAUGCGCGAUCAGUGCCCGAGGAUGAAGCAGAGGCGGAGGUGGAAGUGUCGGAAGAUGAGGACAUGUCCGGCGCCGCCGGGCCACGUUCGCAGCUGCGGCAAGAGUCGCAGGCGACCGAUUUCGACGCGAUUGACCUCUGA